AUGGCAACGUCUGUCUCGCCAGGUGAAUGUGGCAAGCGACUGCUUCCGGUCAUUAUUGAUGAACUCGCCCGUGAAGAUCCCGACCGACCAUGGGGCUCGAUUCCUCGAGAUGACUACGAUCUUUCGCAGGGCUACGCUGACAUAUCAUAUUUGUCCCUCGCCAAUGCGAUCAACAAGUUGGCCUGGAUGUUGGAGAAGUCUGUUGGGCGGUCCGAAACUUUUGAGACGAUCGCGUAUCUGGGUACUCCUGAUGUGCGGUAUCAUAUGAUGCAAAUGGCGGCAUGUAAGACUGGCCACAAAGUGCUUUACUCAUCUCAGCUCAACAGUCUGUCCGUCCAUUUGUCUCUCAUGAAGAACACGGAUUGCAAAUAUCUCUUUUCGGCCAUCGGCGUCAACGUCUCAGACAUACUGAAAGAGCGGCCUAUGGACGCAUUUGUUGUUCCCGAAUUGGACGGUCUCAUAGACUUGGAAGACAAGGUCCCUCAUUAUCCAUACACCAAGAAAUUUGAGGAUGCCCUCCACGAUCCUUCGGUUCAACGGGAGACCAAACCAAUUGUCUACACUCACGCUAUGAUCUCGACUCAGGACGCCCAGGAGCUUCUCCCUGAUGUCUGUGGAAGAAAGCAUCUCCAGUCACUUCAUAAACCCGGGAAAGGCGUUCGAUUUAUAAUGGUCACGCUGCCUUUUCACGCGUUAUCAGCCAGUUUCGCUAUGAUAAUGUCAGUCUUUGGCGGCGGUGUCUUUGUGCCAGGCUUUGCUCACCGCGCUGUCCGUCCUGAGGAGAUAUGCGACAUCCUCGACUACGCGAAUGUGACACAGGCUCUUUUUACACCAUGGAUGAUGGACCACAUUGCGAGGCAGCCAAAUGCUCAGUCAUACAUAGAGCCAUUCGACUCAGCUAUGUACUGCGGUGCCAAUAUCUCUGACACCACCGCCAAAAUCUGGGCAAAAUGGACCACAUUUCAAUCAGCUUGGGGCGCUACGGAGACUCUGGCACCUCCUCAACUUGUUGGUGACGUAGAGGACCAUGAGUAUGUCUUUUUCGACCCAAUAUAUUCAGGCAUUGAGUUUCGAGACGUUGAGACUACGUACACGGUAGACGACGGUACCGAGAUUCCCCUGUAUGAGAUGGUCUUUACGAUAUCUCCUGGUAUGGCGUCCGUGGCAAGUUGGCACGCAAACUCUGGGGUAGACAUUGGGGCCAUAGCAUCGAGCAAGGGCUCAGCCGUGGAGAAGACGAAGGGGGGUCAACCCGAGUUGAGGAUAGGUGAUAUAUGGACUCCACACCCUGACCCGAAGAAAUCCCAGUUCGCUUGGAGAUUUAUUGGGAGGGCGGACGAUAUCAUUUCGUUCACCUCUGGUGUCAACUACCACCCGGGACCGAUGGAGAAGUUGAUUAAGAGCCGAGAUGGUGUUUCAGAGGUCCUGAUUCUUGGGAGAGGUCACCGCCAACCAUUAGUAAUGGUGGAGCUCCAUGCGAAGAGAGGCGAAUUUGAUGACGAGAUUGAGAAACGCAAAUUAUGGGAAUCCUGCAUCGAGGCUGGUAACUCUUCUGUUCCGGCCCACAGGAGGGUCGCAUAUUCGCACAUUUUGGUGCUGCCUAUUGGCAGCCUCAUACGGACAUUGAAAGGUAACGUCAUGCGGAAACAGACGGAGCACAAAUUUUCCGCAGUCAUCAGCGAGAUCUACGAGAAGUUCGGUGAUGAGUGGCAGGAUAAUCGAGAACGGUACGGUUCGAUCUCCAAGAGCGUAAGUCUUGAGGUCUCGGUCGAACAACGAGACCCAGCCAGCUGA